AUGUCAACUUCUCAAAACGUUCAUUGUCCCGGAAUCGAUUAUUUAGUGGUGAUCGAUUUCGAAGCUACUUGUGACGAGAAUGAGGCUGCACAAGCUUCGCAGGUUACAAAGGAAACGGCAGAAAUAAUUGAAUUUGCUUGGGUGAUUGUCGAUACAAACACGUUGGAAGUGGUUGAUCAACACACUCAAUACGUUAAACCAGUAAAUACGCCAUUGACAACAUUCUGUACAACCCUCACCAACAUAACCUGGGACAAACUUGAACAAGCAGGAACUUUGGAAAAUGCUAUCACUAACCUUGACAAUUAUAUUAAAAGCCGUAUCAUUUCUCAAAAUAAAACAUUUUGUUUUUGUACACAUGGUGCGUGGGAUCUUCGAAUUCAAAUGCCAAGAGAAGCGAGGGAUAAACAUAUCGAGUUGCCGUCGUAUCUAGCUCACUGUCGAAUGUUUGAUUUAAAACAAGAAUUUCAAAGGUGGCAAGUACAUCAUCCAGAUGUAAUAUUAAAGAGCCAUUCUCUGAACGAAAUGUGUGCGGCCUUUGAUUUGCAAGUUGCUGGACAAAUACAUACCGGAUUAGGAGAUUCACUGACUAUGGUUAAUAUCGUCCGUUACUUUUGCUCUUUUGGUCAUCCGGAUGUUUUUGUAAAUCCAAUCGACACCGACGCAGAUUUAAAUCAGUUUAAAAAAGAACAAUCCAAGGUUAUUCACCUUGCAGGCUUGCCAUAUGAUGUCACACAACCAGAAUUAGAGGCAUGGUUUUCCGGUCAAGGCGUACGACCAACAGUAUUGUGGAUGAUUCGAACACCCGAUCAUCAAAAACCAAGUGGAUCAGGAUUUGGUAUCUUUGCUACACACGAAGACGCCAUGGCAUGUUUAGAUAUGAACGGUAGGACUUUAGGUGAUAGAGCCAUCGAAGUAAGUCCAAGUAGCGAAAGAGUAAUUGAGGCUGCGGGGACUAUUUUGGCAUCGUUUCCGGUAACGAAAAAUCGUCUUCGCCCGGGUGAUUGGGUUUGCGUUUCAUGUCAAUUCCAUAAUUUUGCAUCACGACGAACAUGUUUCAAAUGCAAUAGCAACAACCCAAAUCCAUCUUUAAUUCCUCAAACACCACCAAAUUUUACAUUGGGAGAUUGGAUGUGUCCAAAUCCUCAAUGCAAUUUUCAUAAUUAUGCAUCACGAACUCAGUGUCUAAGAUGUGGGACUCAUAAACCUCAAGGAUUAUAUGGACCACCACAAACAAGUAAUAUACCUUUUAGGCCAGGCGAUUGGAUUUGUCCAAAUCCUGCUUGUGUUUUUCAAAAUUUUGCAUCUAGAACUCACUGCAUGCGAUGUGGUACGUCAAAUCAUCUGGGGUAUGAUGCAUAUGGAAAUCCCACAGAACAAGGGUAUGGAGUAGUGGUUCAUGGACCUUCACCACCUGCACAAACACCAUUUCGUCCGGGAGAUUGGUAUUGCCCAUCUUGUAAUUCCCACAAUUUUGCCUCACGAUUUCAGUGUAUUCGUUGUGGCAUCUCGAAACCACCACAAAUUUCGGGCAAUACACCUUCUACAGCCAAUAUGAAGCCAGGGGACUGGCUAUGUCGUAAUGAAAUAUGUGGAUAUCAUAAUUUUGCUAAAAGGACACAUUGUGCCAAGUGUGGGAUGCCAAGUAAUUCGGGAUCAUCUGCAGGGGGUGAAAACGGAUAUUAA